CGGUUUCCCUGCUCGCAUCUGCUUCGGCCCCGCGGAGGCCACCUGCCUGUUGCCGGGGGGCCGUUUUGGCUUCCCGGGGAAAGGGGGCUGGUGGCGGCGGCUGGGCGGCUGCAGCCAGCCAGGGGGUGGCUGUGUUGCUGUAGCCAGGCGACAUCUGUCUUGCCGCUGCCGCCGCCGCCGAGGUGGGACCUGCUUUGACUGGCAGCGGCACCCCUUCUCGCUGACCUCCAGCCUCCCUCUCCCCUCCCCUCCCCUCCCCGAUACCCCCCCCCUCGCCCCGGUAGCCUGCUUGUCCUGCUGAAGCCUCCCUACGCCUUGCCUGCCUGCCUGCCUGCCUGCCUGCCAGCUUCAGCAGCAUCCCUCUCCCCCUCCCUGCCGCCUGCAUGGAGAGGGAGAAUGGCGGAGAGAGAGAAAGGAGCCACGUCCCCAGCUGGAUCCUCCCCGUUCUUGGGGUUGCAUCUCGCCUCGCCCCCCAAUUUCAGGCUCACCCAUGACAUAAGCCUUGAAGAGUUUGAGGAUGAAGAUCUCUCUGAAAUCACUGAUGAGUGUGGAAUCAGCCUGCACUGUAAGGACAGUUUGGCUUCACGGAGCCAUGUCAAUCUGCAGGCCAGCAGCGUCCUGGGAGUGGGUGGCGGCGAGGCGAGCCGGCUCCAGGCAGAGAUGCUCCAACUAGACUUGAUCGAUGCUACCGGGGACACCCCCGCCGAAGAAGGGACGGCGCUGGAGCCCAUCCAGAAGGAUCCCCCGCCCGCAACCAUGGAUACCUACAGACCGAAGCGGCCCACAACGCUCAAUCUCUUCCCGCAGGUGCCUCGGACGCAGGACACUUUGAACAACAACUCUCUGGGGAAAAAGCACAGUUGGCAAGAGCGAGUGUCCCGGUCAUCAUCCCCUCUGAAAACUGGUGAGCAGACCCCUCCCCAUGACCAUGUUUGCCUGAGUGAUGAAGUCACGCACCAAAACAGCACAACUUCCACCAAAGAUCGGGGCACAUCAACAGAGAGCCCAUGCCGGCGUUCGACAGCUACACAGAUUGCACCUGCCUGUGUUGUGUCUUCUCGCCUUCCUGAGAAACAGCAGAUUACCAGUCGUCCCCCACCACAGAACCCUACAGUUGUGGUAGUGACAAGGGGCACAGAAGCUUAUCGGGACCGUAUCCGCUACCAGACAGAUGUGAGAUUGGAAGCCACUGAGGAGAUUUACCUGACACCAGUACAAAAGAAUUCUGACCCACUGGAGUCUGAGAAGCCAUUUAUGUCACAGUCCAGUGACAACCGUAUGUCUAUCAGCUCUGAUAUAGACACUUCCAGCUACGCACAACUGGCAGAAAAGCCCAAUGCCUCAAUUAGUGAGGAGGAUGAGGUCCUGGACUAUUUGUCUUCACCUGAAAAAAUGAAUGCAUCAAGGACUAUAUAUGGGAGCAGCAAUGGUAGCUACCGAUCUUGUCAUGGCCUCCAGAGGGCAUCAGUGAGCUCUGACACCAGUGCCCUUUCCUAUGAUUCCGUAAAGUACACACUAGUGGUAGAUGAAGAUGUGCAGCUGGAACUUGUUAGCCUGAAACAAUGCUACUCAGGUUACAGUGAUGAGAGUGAUUCAGCUACUGUCUAUGACAACUGUGUCUCUUCACCCUAUGAAUCAGCAAUUGGGGAGGAGUAUGAAGAGGAUGCGCUGAAACGUGACUCUAUCUGUCUCUCUGAGGAUUCCACCCCUGAGGCAGAUAUCCACUUUUCCAAGAAGUUCCUCAACGUUUUCAUGAGUGGACGGUCACGCUCCUCCAGUGCUGAAUCUUUUGGGCUUUUCUCUUGCAUUAUCAAUGGAGAAGAACAGGAACAGACUCACCGAGCUGUCUUCAGAUUUGUGCCUCGUCAUGAAGAUGAGCUGGAACUGGAGGUAGAUGAUCCUUUGCUGGUGGAGGUUCAGGCAGAAGAUUAUUGGUAUGAGGCUUAUAAUAUGAGGACAGGUGACCGGGGCAUCUUCCCUGCUUACUAUGCUAUCGAGGUCACUAAGGAUCCAGAUCACAUGGCAGGCUUGAGCAAGAUUAGCGAUUGGGUGGAUCAGUUUCGGGUGAAGUUUCUUGGUUCAGUCCAGGUUCCUUAUCAUAAGGGCAAUGACGUGCUGUGUGCAGCUAUGCAGAAGAUUGCCACUACUCGCCGCCUCACCGUGCACUUUAACCCACCCUCCAGCUGUGUCCUAGAAAUCAGCAUGCGAGGAGUCAAGAUCGCAGUGAAAUGUGAUGACUCCAAGGACCCCAGCAAGAUAAAUAAAUGUAGCCACUUUUUCCAGUUGAAGAACAUUUCCUUCUGUGGAUACCACCCGAAGAACAACAAGUAUUUUGGGUUCAUCACCAAGCACCCAGCUGACCACAGAUUUGCGUGCCACGUUUUUGUGUCGGAGGAAUCUACCAAGCCACUUUCAGAGUCUGUAGGGAGGGCCUUCCAUCAGUUCUACAAGGAAUGUGUGGAAUAUACAUGCCCCACAGAGGACAUCUACCUAGAGUAGGGGCAGGCCAGGGCCCCUCCUUCCUGUACAGACCAGGGCCACUCCCUCAUUGUGCAUGGACAAGCUGCUUUGAGAUGGGAGGAGGAGUGGGCUUGGGGUUGGUUUCCCUUGGUGUGCAAAGCCCCACCUCUUCCAGUGCACUUCCUUUCUUUGGGCUGGGGGAUUGGGGAGGGGUGGGAUGGGUGGACAAAACUGGGUGUAUUAUUUUUGAAAGCAAGUAUGCUGUCUUGGAUUGUUCUGUUGGGAAAAAAAGCACCACCAGUGAAGCCCAGACUCUGCUGUCACAGGUCUACGAGAAGAGCAGGCACGGGCACUGGAUCAAGAAGUGGCUGUACUGGGCUUCCCACUUGCAAUGCACGCACAAGGGCUCGCUUGGUGCUACCGGCAGAGAGGGCAUAGUUGUGGGUCUUGGCCUGGUGUUGCUGUGUGUCAGGAAUUGCUCUAGCUUCAAAUGCUAUCCAUAACCCUUGGGGUUCAGGGGCUUAAUUUGAAAGUGUCAGAGAAUGUCCACCCUGUAAGACUUCAUGGCUGCUGUGCUUGGGAAGCUGUGGGAAUGGUGAACCAGCAGGGAAAGGGUAGGCUGAAUAAAGGAAAGAUUUCCUGGUGAAUUUUGUCCUAAGAAAUCUCAAGACAUAUCUACUGGCAUCCACGUAAGAAUGUUAUCCUAUGCCUGGGAAGGAUCAGGCAGCUUCUGGAAACUCUCUGCUGCCAGGCCCUCUCUUCCUCCUCUGGCAGGAAAAAAGGGUUGGAGCAUCUAGCUAGCAGCCUGUGAGGACCGAGCCCUCUCUUCUGAUGAUGGAAAGAGCUCCUUUGCUCCAGCCCUCACCCUGUCAUCUCCUUUCUCCCACCGCAUUGCUGCAACUGCCGGUUCCACAUCUAGGAGGGAAUGUGGAUCCUGGAAAAACUGGGAGAGCUGGCUUAUUGAUUUAUCCAUGUUUAGUAGCCUGGGAGGUGCUCCAGCCAUAAGCACAAAUGGAAACAGGAAGGCUUUGGUCCCACUGAGAAGAAGCAAAGCCAGGGAAAUAGCACGUGUGAGAAGGGGCGAGUAAGAGCUGCAGAAAGGUGUGCCUUUGCCCUCCUCCCCUUACCCCUCAGGAAGGGGCUCUAUGCUUUUGCUGGAUCUGCUCUGGUGAUAACAAUGAUUAAACGUGAUGUUUCAAGGA